GGGACCUCCAGCUAAAUUUACUGGUCUUUUUUCUUCGCAUCAUUUUUUCCUCAUCCUCAUCAUCGCCAAACAACCAUUCGCAUCCUUUCACCACGACCUUGAGACGUCUCGUUAUUUGACCCAGCAGAUGCUGGAAGAGCCCAGCAUGGUCAGACAUAUCUCAGAGCCCAUGAGCUGGUCACUGUGAGGCUGUGUUGUCAGGUGUUUUGCGUUCCAACAACCACAUGAUCUUGUCAACUCACAGUACUUGGAUGUGUGACGAGGACCUCGGGAGACUGGAGGAGGCUGAAAUGCUGCUCAUAUCUCUGGAGUUCUACUGACGAGUUGCAAAAUAUCCGCAGUCACGAUAGCCAUGGUACGUUCAGCAAAAUUUCUUAUUCAUUACUCUUUUCAAGCUCUUCCAUUAUGAUUAUAACUCUUUUGCCUUAAGAACGGCCAACUGAAUGCUCAUGUUGAACAAAAAUAAUGCAUGUCAAGCUCAACAGAAUGAAUAUGGAUAUCAAAGCCCCCUCUUUUACUCUUUACCUUUAUUAAGUGGUGACUAACGAAAGAAAUAGGAAUCUAUAGCUCAUACCUACUUUAUCCAAGUACCCUUCUGACAUGACACCCGCUCUCAGCUGGACGAAGAAAAGACACUUUUGUCUAGUGAUAAUUGUGUAGCUAUAUUGGAGUAUGAGAAGAGACUUGGAAUUAGCAGUAAUAUCACAAUAUGGUACCUAGGUCAUAUCAUAAUACCUACAAUACGUUCAUGAAUUUUGCCAACAAGAAAAUUACCAACUCCCCACCAAUGCCGUUGACAACCAACCAGAGCAGAACAUAUGUGUAUCUCUUAUCCUACUCCACAGCGGUGUAGCACAGACGUGUUCCUAUUCUAAUUUUGCUCUGCUGAGGCGAGUCAGGGAAAAAAUAGUCAAAAAGGUACCACGGAACUCCAGUCAGGAACCCCUCCAUUAUGUGGUUCAACUAGGCUUGGCUCAAUUUUUGUUGGAAGGCUAAAAGGCUGAAAAAUGCAAAAAGUACAGACAACAACUCUGUAAAUGUACAUUGGUACAUCGUAGGCAAUGCUAAAUAUAUACCUCCUGCGAUUCACUGCCAAAAGGCUCCUGAUUGCACAAUGUGACAAGUUGAGGCCCUGGACUUUGUCGACAAUUUUGCCCCAAUGACAAGUCUGACGUGUGACCUGGUGCCACUAAUUUUCCAGACCGCGUCGUCCAUCAACACCACAAAAGAUCGGUUACCUUUAUUUGCUGGCUGCCCACCUCCACCUGCACCAGCACCUGCACCUGCAGCCGCAAAACUAUUCGCAAUUUGCUUUGGUCCCUUCCUUUCUUUGCAGCGAUAGCCAUAGCGAUAGCAAUCUGAACAUCAAGCAUCUCUUCGUCCACCCCGCCAUCCAUCCAACGCCAAUCCGAUUUACAUGCCCCAUCUGGAGCUUUGAUCCUCGAAACCUCAGCCUCCCCACCGCCGCCAACACAGAAAUACGAAAACCUCACCCUCGAGGCUCUCAACGCUGCGGAAUUCGCAUCUCGAGCUUGCCAAAUCCCUUCCCUCGAUCUACCUGCUGCGCAACCUUGGUUGCGGCGGCCAUCAAUUGAAGCAAGAUGCCAUGCUUCAAGGGCAUUGCGGUCAGCGUCCACGCCGAGGGCGCUCCACUCCCAGAACAUCAGGUACAGAAGCAAUCGAGAGUCUCCCGCGUUACGACUUAUAUUCCCGUCCCGAAGCCCAAGAUUCCACAAGAUACAAAUAGCAAUAAGCCCGAGCCUUCCAAAUUCGCAAUCUCCAUCACCUUGCUCACGCCCGGUCUGCCAGUUCCGUACUCAGCGCCAAAAGCAACACCAUCAAACCCGUACCCCCAGCCUCACACCGUCGCUGGCUUGCCUGGUGGAAACCAGCGAAAUGGCGGUACGGUGCCCCCUUACGUUCCUAUUACCAAGUCUGAAAAUGAAACAAUUGCUGCCUACAUCUACUUUGAUGGUCGAGCAAAGGAGGAGGUCGCUACAUUGUUACGGCCAGGUGAAGAAACAUGGGUGAAUUCGCGAUGGGUUCAAGUGCCUGAUUCUGAAGGAGGGGGUCUUGCUGAGAGAGAAUUUCUGUUUCGGGAAGUCGGUUUGGAACGAUGGUUGAAUGGGCUUGACCUGGACGGACAGGACGCAGCGGCCAAGAUUGAGAAGCGUAGACAGAAGUUUGAGAAGCGCCGCCGUAGAAGGAAGGAUGAGAAGGGUAGCGAUGAUGAUCUGAUGUCUGCACGAAAACCUGCAGGAUCCGGAUCGAAUGUCUUAAGAUAUGGGAAUGACGAAAAGUCACCAGUUGAAAAGCUGUCUGACGAUGAGGACUCAUUUAGCUCUGAUUCUGAUGAUGACCUUCCAGAAGCUGCUGGUCAAAUAAAGGUUGCCAUGUUCCGUGUUCUGGCUUCUGGUGAGAUCAAGAGAGGAGAGUAUUCGCCACAAUUUGACGCACACGAUGAUGAUGAGGAGGGAUCCAAGAAUAAGGAGGGUGGUGAGGGGGCCGAUGUUGACCAUACCACAAGUUUUGCUAAACCAAAGACACUGGAUCCAAAAUCUAUCAGUACCCAAACUGUCACUGGAAUAGACGGCCCAGACAAGCCUUUUGCUGUUUUCACUUUCUUUUACAGAGGCGAACGUAAGUCACUUUGGCCCUUUAUGGUCACAAUUCCUUUCACUAACGAUGUUUGUAGGACAAUUGCAGAAGAUGGGAAUAUUAGCUUCAAAACAUCAAAAAGCAACCAGUGCUACCAAGCGACGAUCAACCCAACUCGACUUUGGAAACCUUACUCCUCUGAAGCCUGGUGGAACAGUCGGAUUUUCUACAUUUAGAGAUACAGAUGGGUCCAAUCGCAAGAGUAAAGCAAGGAAGAAGAGCAAUGGGAGUGUGGGUGCCGGCGCUAUGGAUGAAGACAGUGAUGAUGACGACGACGAUCCCGACAUCUUGAAGAUGGAAGACGUAGAAGAUAAAGACGUAAAGACGAAACUGAGCCCAGAUGAUGCCAAGUUUCAGGGAGAAUUAGCUGAUGGUGUGAGACAAAUCAAGGUGAGUUCUUUACACCAUUUAUCUGAAAACAUAGCUGACUCAAAUAUAGCUAAAACGCCAACACUCUUUUGAUCCAAACUCCCGUCCAUCACCUGGCUCCAUCGGUACUGAUACCCCUCCAGCAGAAGCGGAUUUCAAUCUUCUUCCAAGCAGUAUCUUUGGCGGGGCCGUACCUGAUGACAGUAACAUCGGUAGUCCACUCAAGAGGCACAGAGCCAGUCUAAAUGGUCCUGAGAUGGACACUAUGCAAAAACGCCUAGGAAUGGGAUUUGCAAGCAGUUUAGGGGAUGUGGUGGCUGCGGCAGAAGCUGCUCACAGUCCAUUGCCAGCGCCAGCGAUGAAUGAGGAUGAGGAGUUAUAGAAGAUGAUGUUACGGGAUUGAACGAAUGGAAUUACGAAUCUAUUGCCGGGUCUCUCGGCUUGCUCGCUUGUAAACCAAACAAAACCUUUGGUAUUUGGAAAGCAGUAAUUGA